AUGGCGAACCGGACGGUGAAAGAUGCCCACAGUGUCCAUGGCACCAACCCGCAGUACCUGGUGGAGAAAAUCAUUAGGACCCGUAUCUAUGAGUCCAAGUACUGGAAGGAGGAGUGCUUCGGCCUCACUGCGGAGCUGGUGGUUGAUAAGGCCAUGGAGUUGAAGUUUAUUGGAGGAGUUUUUGGCGGGAACAUCAAACCCACUCCAUUUCUGUGUCUAGCACUGAAAAUGCUGCAGAUUCAGCCAGAGAAAGACAUCAUUGUGGAGUUUAUAAAGAACGAAGACUUCAAGUAUGUCCGCGCACUGGGCGCUCUGUACAUGAGACUGACAGGGACUGCGACUGACUGCUACAAAUAUCUUGAGCCCCUUUAUAACGAUUAUCGGAAAAUCAAAGUUCAGAACAGGAAUGGAGACUUUGAAUUGAUGCAUGUAGAUGAAUUCAUAGACCAGCUCCUCCAUAGUGAACGCGUCUGCGAUGUCAUAUUACCUCGGUUACAGGUAAGAUAUUUUGAUUUCUUGCAUCUGCCAGCAUAA